UAGAAGGUCGAGGGUUCGAGACCUGCUCCCUGCUGUUUCAUUACAAUAUUGUCUCACAUUCCUACCUGCAAAAUGACCACCCUAAAAUGAGUUAACAUUUAAUUGUAUUUAACAGUCUGGCUUUUAUUUAACGCUAAUUUCUGCCUGAAGUAUAAUUCAACGCAAUUCCACAUCGGGUUGGUUUCCAUGUAACUGUACUCUCUGCACAUUCACAAGAUCUAGCUACAGUAGGCCUACUCAAACCACCACAGAUAGCCUAUCUGAUGCAGGUUCCAAGAUGGGCACUCACUACUGUUGACUUCUCUCUGCGACUGCUCACUGUGGCUCCAAAUACCUCAGGAAAGAACAGGACAGGGCGUUAGAUAACUCAACUUGUGGUUCACGUGGUCGCACUACUUGCCGGUCUGUCUGCCUUUAGCUUCUGAAGAAAAUAAAUCAUGAGAUUGGCAGGGCCUCUGCGAGCUGUUGCUGUGCUGCUAUUGGUGGGCCUCACCUGGGUGUUAGCCAGCUCCAUACUUGGAGGGGACAGCAACUUGGUGGUCAAACACUUCUUCAGUGGGACAAACGAGGAGCCAACAGCUGAGCCCAAACACCACAGGUACAAGUGUGGUCUGUCGGCUCCCUGUCCUCAGAAACAUCUGGCUUUCCGCAUCGUUUCUGGAGCCACCAACGUCAUUGGGCCCAAAAUCUGCCUGGAGGAUAAGAUUCUUGUCAGCAGUGUCAACAACAAUGUUGGUAGAGGACUAAACAUUGCUUUAGUAAAUGGGGUAUCUGGAGAGCUCUUGGACACAAAAUCAUUUGAUAUGUGGGCAGGAGAUGUUACUGACCUGUUGAAGUAUCUCCUACCUUUACAUGAGGGAACACUUGUGUUUGUAGCUUCCUUUGACGAUCCUGCCACAAAAUUAAAUGACGAGGCUCGUCGUCUGUUUGAGGAGCUGGGUAGCACAGCAGUGAAGGAGCUCACCUUCAGAGACAGCUGGGUGUUUUUAGGAGCCAAGGGCAUUGAGAACAAGAGUCCAUUCGAACAGCGUAUGAAGAACAGUAAGAACAGUAACAAGUACGAAGGCUGGCCUGAGUCUCUGGAAAUGGAUGGCUGUGUCCCCCUCCGUUCCCCUUCAGAGGGUUAAACACACUGCUUGUAUCCCUCCCUUCCUCCACUCUUCUCAGAUGAUGCUUAUGCCCUACAUGGAUCCAAUGCUUUUAAAUACUGGGAGUGUGCAAGACAAGUGCACACUUUGGGAGAAGGGUUGGAGAGUUGGAACGCAACCUGUUUCUAAGGACUAGCACCUUUUGAGAACGAAGGGCUCUAGUUCUAAGGACUAGCACCUUUUGAGAAUGAAGGCCUCUGGUUCUAAGGAUUAGCACCUUUUGAGAACGAAGGCCUCUGGUUCUAAGGAUUAGCACCUUUUGAGAAUGAAGGCCUCUGGUUCUAAGGAUUAGCACCUUUUGAGAACGAAGGCCUCUGGUUCUAAGGAUUAGCACCUUUUGAGAACGAAGGCAUCUGGUUCUAAGGAUUAGCAGCACAGAUCUAUCUGGAGAAACUGGAGCAGCAGAAGCAUUGACUAUGACAUUUUGACUCGCCUCGAUUUACAGGCUUCCUCACAUUCCUUCUCUUUAAUGAAACUUGUGGACGGACUGGGACCAUACAUUUCCCCCUGCGUUUCUAUCACACCGGCCCUUUUCUGUGUCUCUCGGCACCCAUUAUUAGCCAAACGAUCAUUUAGACAAGCCCACAUAAUGGCCAGUCUGUCCCUAAUGAGACUUUAGUAUGGUAUUGGUAUUGCACGACUACAGUUGGAUAAAUGAUGCUCUGUUACAAUAUCAUGUAACUACAGGGAGGUAAAGACUCUUACAAUACUUAUUUUUUUUCCUUCACUUUUUGUUAUUUUUGUCAAGUAACACGUGCUGAAAAGGACAUCUUGUGUUGAGUGGACUGACUCACUGUCACAAUGCUGGUAGCAAGCUGGCCUGAUGGUUGAUAUGCUAACUUGUUGAAGCAACUGUUUGGACUUGACAUUUGAACUAGGAAUUGAUUUAAGUGUUUGAGGCUUAAUGUUCCUGGGAAUGACCACGUAGGAGGACAUGGAUAUUUCAGAGACCAAAUGUUUGAUGCACAGAUAAAGGAACAAAUUAUGCUGGAUAGAAAAAAAGAAUAUAUUAAAGAAGUAAUGUCUGUAAAACCCUGCAAAUGCACAGGAAGAGGGCAGAUAAUGCUGCCUAUAUGAACGGAAAUCGCGAACAGAAUACAAUUAGGAUUCACUAGCAACAUAUUAUUGCUGGUUGUUCUAGGAAGGAUAUUGUAUGUUAUGAUAAAUUAAAAUGCAUUAAUAUAUAUUUUGUAUGCAUAGUUUAAUAUAUUAAAUUGUAGAUUUCAAUCUAGUUGUGCUAGCCUGAGUGCCAGUCUGUUUGUUCCAUCAUGCCAACUUGUAGUCAUAUCAAACAUUUGGCUUGACAAGGUGUAAUGGAAGCACAAACAGAUCUGGGACCAGGUUAAAGUGCUAAUAACCUCCACCUUUUAUGUGAGGGUUACCCUGGGGUUCGGAUGUGGGGCUACACCAAUGCCAUGAUUACUGUAUAUAUGUGAUUACCUUUGUAUGCUUGCAAUGCUCAGUGAUGGAAAAGUACUGGGUAAUUGGAGAUGUACUGCUUUAGUUCUCAGGCUGAGAAUUGUCUGCUGACAGUCACACAGCCUCAAGGCCGAGAUAGUAGAGUGAGAAACCACAGUCUAGACAUGUUUUUCUCAUUUUAGAUACUUUGUAUAACAAUGUUAAGAUAUGAUUGACGGUAGGUUGUAUAAAGAGUGUUGUCUCUUGUUUCGCCACACAGAUGUUUACUAUAGACUAUUGAGGUAUUCUGUAUGCAAAACUGUCUGCAAUUGCAUUUUAUUACUAAAGAGUUUUAUACCAAGGUUUCUGUGUCAUCUAUCUUAAAGACUGAUUGGUAAAGGAAACGUACAUCACCCCAAAGGACCAACCAACAUUUUCUGAAAGAGAACAGUGAUUGCUGCACAGCAGUUUACUCAAAUACAUUCUGUCAAAAUGUUCUGAUCUUGUGUAUUUAACUUGGAAUAGAACUAGUCUAGAAUCUUAUAGAUACUUCUUUUUACACUUCGUAGGCUAUAUUCAUGGUUUGAUUUCACACUAGAGUGGACUUCAGUGCCUAAAAUAUGAUUGUACUGUUGGAUAACAACACUAUUCAUGCUUUUACCUGUGUAUCUCAGGCCUUGUCCUUACUGUUGUUUAUUUGGAUAUUGUAUUACUUUAUUAUAAUUUUUUCAAUUUGAUAGGUAUCUUGCGAAUUUUGUUCUCUGAAUUUGAUUAAAUAUACACCACUUGUUA